AUGGACUCAAACUGAAUCCAGCAAGCAAGCUCUCUUUUUGAAGUCGAUUUAGUAGGCAAAAAUAUAUUGAAUCUUCAAGAAAUAAACAAUUGAGUAUUGCAGUCAGGGCUUUCUCAGCUGAAAAGUAUAGGAAAUAUUGAAAAUGAAGCAUCAUUAAAAUCAAUGACCAAUUUGGCACUGGAGCAUGAGAGCACACUUUUAAUCCGUACAGCGGUUUUAGAAAAACUUACUCCCGUGAGCGAGCAAAUCUAUUGGAAAAAUCCAUUUUUUGGAUAAAAACCCACCUCUGUGAGAGAACAAAAAUUUUUUAUGAACAAAAAGAUUUUUUGAUAUAUAUUAUAAUGAAAUCUCUAGCUAAUUCUGCAAUUUAGAACAAAUUGCGUUUUAAAACAUAAAUUUGAUAUUUACUUCUCAAUUUUUGCGAAUCCGAUCUUUUUAUUUCGAGAAAAAAAAAUUUGCUAUAAAAUUUCUAUAUAAAUUUUAAAAAAAAAUUAACCCUCUCUGUGAGCGAAUAAAAUUGUUUGUUCGCUCACUGAAGGGGGAGUUAGAAUCCAUGGUUGAAACCUAAUAGCUGACGAAUGCUUUUUAGAAUGCAUCAAAAAAACAGUCUACACAAAAGUCAAAAGCAUUGCCAAAAUAAAUGAAAGCUGCUUAUACCCUUCUUUAGACUGACUAAAUUGCUAUUUUUUGCCUUGGGUUAGAAGUCAUUUUGACUCUAUGGAAAAUCUCCAAUAUUGGGAAUCUUUUACGAUCCACGAAUUUUAUUAUUCAAUUGGCUUGAUAAGAAUUGAACAGAUUUUCGAUCUUAUUUUAGAUUUCCCCGAAACAAAACCAGCAAUAGAUGACUUAGCUGAAGCUUUAAAGUACUGUGACUUAACUCCCCCCUUUAAAUCGUAACAAAAAAUCCUGUUCCAAUUUAAAGGGCGUUAAUUUUUUUUAAAGUAUAAAAAUAUAUUUUAAAAAAAAAUAUAAAUUGAGCACAGUGGUUUGAAUUUUAAUUUUUUUAUAAAGCAUUAAAUAAAAAAAUUAAUCGAUCGAUGUGAAACUCAUUAAAUAAGAUUCUAAUCGCAUUUUGUCUAUUGAAUUAGGUCAAAACUAAUUUAUAAAAAUUAGUAAUUUAUCGUUAAUGUUUUUUAAAAAAAAUAUAAACUUAUUUUUAUGAAGGGGAUUAAAUAAAAAAAUAAUCGAUUCAAUGUAAAAUCUAUUUAAAUAGCAUUCUACUUGAUUUUUUUCUAUUAAAUUAGGUCAAAACUAAUUUAUAAAAAUAAAUAUUUUCAUCGUUAAAAUUUUCCUAUUGAAAAACAAAUUUGUUCAAAUAUAAAGAGGCUUAAGCACCCAAAAAAAAUGCAAAUUUUACCGAUGUUUUUGUUCUAAUUUAAAGGGGGAGUAAGUAAAAUUCUUGAAAAUAAAACAAAGGAGCAGCUAAUACAACGAGCUGUACAUUGCAGCAAAUCGACUGAUGGAAUUCUUCUGGUUUACAUUAACUUGACAAAAAUCAUGCCUUUACUCUUCCCAACCAUAAACUUGCUGGAAUCUAUUUCAGGCCCACUAAAACAAGAAUUAAGAAGCAGAACAGAUACUUUUAAAUGCAUUAUAAAAACCAUAUCUGAGGAUGAAGAACUCUAUGCACUCCUAGACAUAAAGCAAAAGAGCAUAAAAGAGCAAGACGAUUUUUCAAGUGAUGAAGACGAAAAAUCAGCCCUUGAUUGGCAGCCAAUUCCAAGAAGUGCGCUAAGAAACGUUAUUAGUGCUCUUAAUAAGAAAAGCGACAUUGUAAGUAUGCUUAUCAACAUUUAUGGUUCUCCAGAACUUUUUAUGGAAGAAUACAGGACUUAUCUUUGCAAAAAAUUAUGGAAUAAUACACAAUUUGAAGUAGGGAAUGAAAUCAAAGACCUGGAAAUGCUUAAAAAGAGGUUUGGAGAAGGGAACGUCCACAAAUGUGAAGUCAUGAUCCAAGAUAUUUUAAGCUCGAAAAGAAUCAAUGCUUUUGUGCAUGAAAAAGGAAAAGGAAAAGGAUUUUUGCCUAUAAAAAGCCUAGAUUUUCUUAUUAUUUCAAGCUAUUUCUGGCCUUUAGAAGAGCAGGAUAUGAAAUUUGAACUCCCAGAAAAAAUAGGAAAAGUUUUUGAGGAGUAUUCAGAAUUAUAUACAUAUAUGAAAGCUUCAAGAAAAUUAAAAUUCCACGAACAGCUUGGCAGUGUAACUUUAACGCUUGACUUCGCAAAUGGAAGCAAAAAAUUUGAAGGGGUAACUCCUUUGCAUGCAGCCAUAAUUUCUUUAUUUGAUGAAGAUGACAGAGAAAAAUCUUCUGAAGAUUUAAGUAAACAGCUUGGAAUUCACCCUCAUAAGCUAAGAAAAGAAAUUUCAUUCUGGGAAAGCAGAGGAGUUUUGCAGAGGAAUAAAAAGGGCGAAGAAUAUUAUUAUAGCGCUGUAAAAGUGCUUAAUAAUUUAGAAUAA